AAUUAAUCCACGUCAAUUGUAAGUUCUCACUUGUUCCUUAACAUUAAUUGUUCGUUAAUAUUGCGUUAAAAGUAUAAUUGUUACCGUAAUAGGGUACACCCUUUCAAGAAUAGAUGCACUCUGGAGAUGUAUUCACGGAGAAGAAUGCUUUCAGCGACGAUUCAAAGCCGUUUAAGUUCAAAGUACACAAAACAUCUCGUGCUUCCAUUCAUAAAUCAACGGCGUGCAAUUAGAGCGACAUUUUCCCUGGUUCCUGCAACAACCACGAACACAACGGGUGAAUUUAUCAUUUCUUUUCAGCCUUAUCAUCAAAGCUAUCAAGAAGUAACAAAUGGCGACUUCUUUUCCGGCUCUAAGAACUAGAUGAAGAUCUUAUCAAAGAAUGGAUGAAGAAUCUUACCAAAGGAAUUUCAUACAAGAGACAAUUAUUUGCAAAGCCACGACCAGAAUCACUGUAAUGAUUAUUUUCGUGACCUUCGUAAAGACAUUCCUUCUAAGUCAGAAUCACUAUACCCAAGUCAAGCAGUACCGAUUUUUUUGGACUUCUAAAACGUGUAACAUUCGGGCCAGAAACUUCGAAGCCUGAAUCACUUGACCCAAGUCAUUUCUUUGGAUCUGAAAAGCGUGUAACAUUCAGGCCGGAUACUUCGAAGCCUGAUCGCGAGGACGAGUGCUCGAGAGGGAAACCUCGUGCUCGAUAACAACGGCGAGCCGCUGCUGCAACAGUUCCCGCGACUCCGAGUCGCUAGUCCGAUCCCUCGACCUCAAGAUGAAGGACCACGAGCCGACCCCAAUCCAGAAGAAGCCGACCAAGCUCAGAAACUUCGUCUACAAGACGGAAGCUUUCGACACCCUGCACACCAGGCACAGAGAGGAAACACUAUGCUCGAGUCGCGUCUGCCUGGGGAGCAUAAUGCAGCUCCCGUCGCACAGCGUGGAGUGUCGCACGAAGGAGGAGAUCUUGGUGCAAGCGAAAGACUUCCUCGAGCAAUAUUUCAUAUCCAUCAGAAGGUUGAACAGCGAGGCGCACCAUGCUCGUUGGAACAGCGUAGAGAAGGAAGUCGCAACUACCGGGACAUAUCAGUUAACGGAAACGGAAUUGGUAUUCGGAGCCAAGGUGGCAUGGCGAAAUGCAACUCGGUGCAUCGGGCGCAUCCAGUGGUCUAAGCUACAGGUCUUCGAUUGCCGCUGCGUGACGACCACGAGUGGCAUGUUCGAGGCGCUCUGCAAUCACAUCAAGUACGGAACGAAUAAAGGAAACAUCAGGUCGGCGAUCACGGUUUUUCCUCAGAGGACGGACGGAAAACACGACUACAGGGUGUGGAAUCAACAAUUGAUAAGCUACGCAGGUUACAAGAACGCGGACGGCACGAUUACAGGAGACCCCGUCAACGUCGAAUUCACGGAGUUGUGCCUGAAAUUGGGGUGGAAGAGUGCCAGGACCAGGUUCGACGUGUUACCCCUGGUGCUCUCGGCGAACGGCCAUGACCCGGAUUACUUCGACAUCCCUUCGGAGCUCAUCCUCGAGGUGCCGCUGAUCCAUCCCACGUACGAGUGGUUUGGAGACAUGAACCUAAAGUGGUUCGCUGUGCCCGCCGUUUCUGGGAUGGUUUUCGACUGCGGUGGACUACAAUUUACGGCCGCCCCGUUUAACGGAUGGUACAUGAGCACCGAAAUUGGAGCAAGAGACCUCUGCGACUCCAGUCGGUACAAUUUACUCGAGACUAUAGCCAAUCUAAUGGGCCUUGACACCAGGACGCCGAUGUCUCUGUGGAAGGACAAAGCGAUAAUAGAAGCGAACGUGGCAGUGCUCUUCAGCUUUCAAAUGAAGAACGUGACUAUCGUCGACCACCACACGGCCUCGGAGUCAUUCAUGAAGCAUUAUGAGAAUGAAAUGCGACUGAGGAAUGGUUGUCCAGCGGAUUGGAUUUGGAUAGUGCCACCGAUCUCAGGUUCGGCGACUACCGUCUUUCACCAGGAAAUGGCUCUCUACUACUUGAAGCCAUCCUACGACAAUCAGGACCCGGCUUGGAAGACGCACGUGUGGAAGAAAAGCCGGGACAAAAAGUGCUUGAUGAAGAAGCCCAGGAGGAAAUUUCACUUCAAACAAAUUGCCCGAGCCGUUAAGUUCACGUCGAAGCUCUUCGGACGAGCUCUGUCGAGGAGGAUAAAAGCUACGGUUCUCUUCGGCACCGAAACGGGAACCUCGAAAAUGUAUGCGGAAAAGCUCAGCGAAUUACUCGGCCACGCUUUCCAUUCCCAGGUACUCUGCAUGGCGGAUUACGACGUCACCAACAUCGAACACGAAACGCUGCUCCUGGUCGUGACGUCGACUUUCGGGAACGGAGAUCCGCCAGAAAAUGGAGAGGCAUUCGCUGAGAAUCUGUACGCGAUGAUGGUAUCCGAGAACAGCGACAAUAAUGUAAGCUUGGCCGCUUCCAAGUCGUUCAUAAAGGCGAACAGUAAGUCCGAGACGGGUAAUACGAAGAAACUGGACAGAUUGGAGUCGUUACGUGGAUCGACAGCGGAGUCCCAGACAGAGGACACUUUCGGACCUCUCAGCAACGUCAGGUUUGCAGUUUUCGCCCUGGGCUCUUCGGCGUACCCGAACUUCUGUGCAUUCGGCCGCUACGUGGACAAUCUUCUUGGCGAGCUGGGAGGAGAGAGACUCCUGAGAUUGGCUCAAGGAGACGAGAUGUGCGGCCAGGAACAGGCUUUCCGGAAAUGGGCCACCGAGACUUUCAAUGUGGCCUGCGAGACCUUUUGCUUGGACGACGACGAGACCCUGCUGGAGGCCGCGUUGCUCCUGGGCUCGGAAACCGUAUCCCCGUCAACGGUUCGUUUCGUCGAGGCAAAAUCACAGCCGGUAGACAAAGCGCUGCAGAAGUGCCACAACAGACACGUGACCACGUGCAAGUUGACGAAGAGGACUACCCUAAGUGGGAACAAUUCGAGUGGCACCACGAUAUUAGUAGAAGUAGACAAUCAAGGGAGCGCGGACGUGUCCUAUAGUCCUGGCGACCAUUUGGGGGUCUUCGCGUGCAACAAGUCAGACUUGGUCGAGGGGAUACUUAUGCGACUGCAGACUACGUUCGAUUGGGACGCACCGGUGGAAUUGCAGACACAAAAGCAGUCUCACACGCCUAACGGAGUUAUUAAGACUUGGGAGUCGCACGAAAGGUACACCUGUAAUUCCUUAAGGACGUUGUUCACUCGUUUCCUGGACAUCACGACACCUCCGACUCCAAAUCUAUUGCGGUACCUUGCAUCGGUGGCAGCAUGUCCAGAAGAAAAGGAGCAGCUAUUGUUGCUGGCCUCCGAUUCCUCGGCGUACGAAGACUGGCGGCAUUGGAAGUAUCCCAAUUUGCUGGAAGUGCUGGAGGAGUUCCCAUCGGUGAAGCCCCUUGCUCCGUUGUUCGUACUUCACUUGACGCCACUCCUGCCGAGAUUCUACAGCAUCUCAUCUUCACCGAUGAUGCAUCGGGGACAGAUACAUCUUACAGUCGCAGUGGUCCAGUACAAGACGCAAGGAGGCUCAGGUCCGGUCCACUAUGGCGUUUGCUCCAACUACCUACGUUCCGUUCCAGAAGGAGAGUCUCUGUAUGUGUUCGUUCGAAGUGCCCCGAACUUCCACAUGCCGAAGGACGUUAAAGCUCCAAUAAUACUCGUAGGUCCAGGAACGGGAAUAGCUCCUUUUCGAGGUUUCUGGCACCAGCGAUUUUAUGACAUGAAGAUGAACGGAAGCAAACAGUUCGGCAAGAUCUGGCUUUUCUUUGGCUGUCGUCAAAAGGGUGCCGACCUCUACAGCCGCGAGAAAAAAGAGAUGAUGGACGCUGGAGUGCUGCACAAAGUCUUUUUGGCCUUGUCACGAGAGUGCGGUAAGAAAAAGACCUACGUGCAAGAUCUGAUUCAAAUGGAGUCAUCGCAGGUAUUCGACAUGUUGGUAAACGAAGGUGGUCACUUUUACGUUUGCGGUGAUUGUACAAUGGCAGAAGACGUGUAUCAAACACUGAAACAAAUUAUCCAGACCCAUGGUGAAAUGACAAUGAAACAGGUCGAGGCAUACAUGCUGACGUUGAGGGACGAAAACAGAUAUCACGAAGACAUAUUUGGAAUAACCUUACGAACUGCAGAAGUUCACAGCCGGUCGCGAGAAACCGCACGUAUCAGAAUGACUACGGUGCCUUAGACAAUUCUCGAAGAAUAUCACAAUUACAUAUACACAUUACAUGUUGUUUUGACCUUAUUUAAGUAUAUUAACAACGUCCUGCAUGUAUGACGUAAAGAUUUCGCGUGAUCGUUCCUUUCCAUUCUUAGCGAAGCACAGUUAGGUGUUUUGCACUUCACAAAAUUAUACACCAAUUUUAUCGAUUCGCGUGCACUUUUUACUGAAUCUUAAGUAGUACUCAGGGUUGAUCGAAGAGCAUUGAUCAAAUAAAUAUGCUUGCACAAACACGAACGAAAGACAACGAAGAGGGCCUGAUUACACGAGGAGGACUAUCUACACUUUAGACCGUUCGGUUCUCUUCGCUGUCUUCACCUUACCUAGUAAUACGAACUAAUGUUUAAACUUACUUAAAGCUUCUAGUUAUAAUGAAGUACUUCAUCCCGAAA